UCCAAUCUUGGAACCACUUUAUGUGUGGAUAUAGACGAAUGCCAGACACGCACAGACAGCUGUGAUCGUCUCUAUGGAUCCUGUCGCAACACGCCCGGGUCCUAUACGUGUUCUUGUAACACUGGCUUUGAACUGGAUGCCAAUAACAGGAAUUGUCGAGAUAUCAAUGAAUGUGAGAGAGGGCUGGAUACAUGUGAUCCACUAGUCGAGUCUUGUGAGAACACAAUGGGCAGUUACAGGUGUGUGUGUAUGGAAGGAUAUCAGAAGAACAACAAUGGAGUCUGUGAAGACAUUGAUGAAUGUCGUGAAAAUAUUGCCAAGUGUGAGUUGUUGAAGCAGGACUGCGAGAACACGCGCGGCUCGUACAGAUGUGUGUGUCGCCAGGGACAGAAACUUAGCAAAGACGGGAAAUUCUGUGAAGAUGAGGCCCUUCAGUGCCCACAACCCAGGAUUUUGAAUGGUGCCUAUUUCUACGUUGCUGGAGCCAAUAAGGAUGUUUACACAGCUGGGGACCGAGUCUCGUACACCUGUGAUGAUGGUUACGAGAUCAAUGGAGCAUCAUUAUCCACCUGUCUGGACACUGGAGAGUGGGAUCCAGUGGUACCAAAAUGUUUAGGUGUCCUCUGCCCAGAGCCACAGAUUGUUGACUUCAGCACCAGAAGGGACAGCAGGACCACGUUCCGUUACCAGGACACCGCCUCCUUCCAGUGCUUUGCAGGCUUUGUCAUGGAUGGGCCAGAGAGAAUCACCUGCAGAGCCAACGGGGCCUGGACGACUUAUCCAACCUGCUCAGCUUGUCCAAAGGACAGUUAUGCUGACAACAAUGAGUGCAAGCGAUGCCCUGCCAAUAGUCACACCAUUUCUGAUGCCAGCAGUAGUAUAACUAGCUGUAUCUGUGACAGAGGUUAUACUGGUCCACCAGGAGGACCUUGCCAAGAUGAGAAUGAGUGUAGCGCGGUGACUCCCGUGUGUGGAAGGCAGAAGUGUCGUAAUACUGUAGGCAGCUACAACUGCUUCUGUGACCCUGGCUAUAGUAUGGACAAUGACAGACAUCCAGUGCCCAUCAUCUUUUGUGAUAAGAGAAAAGUCUUGCUAUUACUUCUUUGCUCCUGCGAGUGCACAGCAGGCGGUGAAUUUCACAGUUGCUCUCAGCAAGUGUCAGGAGCUGUCACCACUGGCGCACAGGGCCAUCAUUGACUCGCCAGAGGAGAGUGCGCUGGUGCACUCCCUGAGGGACAUUAGAACACCCUUCCUGGGCCAGUGGCAGGGGCUGUGGCUGGACGCCAGGUCUGAUUCCAGCGGGACCUUCACCUGGGAGACCACGCGCGCCACUGUGGGCGUCAACGACACCGGCACCGAAAUUAUCAACUCCGUCACACCCCCCACGGACAAGACCACGCUGUGCCUAUGGGCGCUGACCUUCCUGGAUGAACUGUUAUUACAGGAGUACUCCUGUGAAACCAAGUCAGGAUAUCUGUGUGAGAUUGACAAACCUGAAGACUAUACACCCACUAUAUAAUGCAAGAAAAACAAGCCAAGUCAGCAGACUAAAUAUUAGAUAGAAACAACAGGACAUUUUCUAAUACCCACAGUCCUAUUGUUGUGCUAGCCAGUGUUGUAACAGCAGAUAGUGAGGUGUCUGGAGGCUAACAUUGAAGAUAGGGUUGACGUGGAAGGUACCUCAGUGCAACCCAGGUAUUAAUAUCCAGGAAGCAGGGGCAGACAUGGGGGGGUGUCACUCUGUCUUUACUGUUAGCAUGAUAAGCCUGCACUGGAUGCUUGCUUGUGGUCUCUCGCAGUAUCUGUAGAAGUGUAAAGAUUUUCUUGAGGUUUAAUAUGGUAAUAGUUCAUAAAUUGCUAUCACUUUGCGUAAUUGAAUCUCAAAAGAUUGGGUAUCACCUAUGAAAAC